UGAUGAAGAUGCAGAUGCCAUGGUUAAACGAAAGCAAAAGAAAAAACAGUUCCAUGACUUUCUAACAGAUGGAGUUACAGAGAAGGAGCAGGCAGACAAUGAUAUAUCAGAAUGCAGAAAUGAGCCAGCAAGAACUGGUAUGGUUAAUCUCCCAGUUCCUCCAGUGAAAUUUACGAAGCAAAGACAACCCAGAUCAAGAUCUCCCCUUGUUAAGAAAAACAAAUGUUUGAAAGACAACUCUGAGUCUUCCUCCAGACUUCCACUUGCCAUGUCACAACAGUCCAGUGGCACACCUCCAGUUACCCAAUCUAAGAAAUCCACUUCACAACCUCUUGUCACGCAAAUAACUUCAAUAUCAUCCAGGCCUCAACUUGCCAUGUUGGAACAGUCCAGUGCCAGACCUCCCGUCACCCAAUCAAAGAAAUCCACUUCACAACCUCUUGUCACGCAAACAACUUCAGUAUCAUCAAGGCCUCAACUUGCCAAGUCGCAACAGUCCAGUGACAGACCUCCAGUCACCUAAUCAAAGAAAUCCACUCCACAACCUCUUGUCACGCAAACAACUUCAGUAUCAUCAAGGCCUCAACUUGCCAUGUCACAACAGUCCAGUGGCAGACCUCCAGUCACCCAAUCAAAGAAAUCCACUCCACAACCUCUUGUCACCAAACCUUCAAAGACAAAUAAUUCAAGGUCACGGCAAUCAAUUAGCCCUCAGAGGUCAUUCCGGUCCAGGAGUCUGAGGUCAUCCCGGUCCAGGAGUCAGAGGUCAUCCCAGUCCAGGAGUCGGAGGUCAUCCCAGUCCAGGAGUC